CAGAUUUCUUGACAGAAGUUGUUAGAGAGGACCUUGAGCUAAACUUCAGAUUCCAGUCAACAUGAAAACACUCCUAGCCAUCUUUUUCCUCACCUGUGGCUUGUCAGGUCUCAAGGCAAAAGUCAUGGUUCAGGAUGGCAUUUAUAAAUUCCUCUUGGAGGAUGUGAAACAGUUGUGGGCAUUGAUGGACGCAGACAAACUGGGAAACGUCGCUGAUGAGAAACUUGUUCUUACCCUGUGUAAUGAUCUGAUGCUGCCAAAGGUGUUCCAGCCAGUCUGCAACUCAAGUGAUGCUCUGCAGGUUUUUGACAGGCUGGGGAAUCUGGCGAUGAAGGCGGAUAUCUGUGAAAUCUGUGCCUAUGCUGCUUGCACAGGCUGCUGAUCGAGGUUUCAGGAACCUUGCGAAUGCACUGAGAGUCUUCCUUUAAAAACCUGUCAUUGUGAAGCUGCAGAAAUAACUGACAGCAUGUUGUUUGUUCCCAGGCAAAUUGAGCCAUGAAUAAUUAAAUCUGUAAAUGAUUUUCCUGUGA